CCUCCAGGUUCCUCUGGUUCCUCAGACAGAGACCGACCUCAAAGCAAUCAAUGUUCAACGAAGGCACAGACAAGGCCACAGUCGGCUUGGAGCUGCGGUCAGCAACAGACCCCGCCCUAGUCACCGAUGUCUCAAACGCCUGCGGUUUCUCCUUCGGCCUCAUCAACCUCCUGCGCGCGGGCGUGCAAGACCGCUUCCUCACCGACACAACAACUACAACUGUCCCCAACGCCUUCCAACCAGCAGACCUCCAACUCACCGACCCUGCGUUUGCCGGAAACCUCGUCGGCGGAAUCUCACCCUGCGAGCCGUUGGACUCACCCGAUGCCGUCGUACGACAGAAAUGCGAGCAGUUGAUCAGGCAGCAGAUUCAAUGGGCCGCCCACCUCGGUUUGUCGGCUGUCCUGUUCACCUACCCGGAAACACAGAACUCGAGCAACGCGAACUUUGCACGAGUGGUGAACAGGGCGCUGGGAAUGGUCACGUACACGCAGAUAUGGGUCAAGAUCACCGUUGAAGGUGAUGGGAGGAGGGCGUGGGGACAGUGGAAUAUGUUGAGGACAUUUUGCCAGCAUAGUCCGAAGCUGUUGGUGGUACUGCAGAUUGGCGCGCAUAUGCCGGAUGCGGAUACGAUGAAGCAGUGGGUUGCUGAGCCUGUGAGGGUUGUCAUGUUGCCCACAACGGCGUUUUUGGCGAAUAAGAAAGGGUUUCCCGUGCUCAGCAAGGCGCAUCAAUCAUUUUUGCACAGUCUGAUGGAGCAAAACGUGCAAUUCAUUGUGAGCGCAGACAACGAAGGUUCGCAAGCUCACACGGGAGGUCCCGCCGCAUACCAACAAUACCUCAGCCACCUCCACCGAACGCGCCCCGAGCAGGACAUCGUAGAUCAAUUCGCCACCGGAUACCACGACUACCUACAAUCCCCCCUUCAACCAUUGAUGGACAACCUGGAGUCUGCCACCUACGAAGUGUUUGAAAAAGACCCCAUCAAGUACCAAGAGUACGAGCGAGCCACCUACCGUGCCCUCCUCGACCGCGUGCCCGAGGGCUCCGACACCGUGACCGUAGUGAUGGUAGUCGGCGCCGGCCGCGGCCCCCUAGUCCAACGCGCCUUGCAAGCCGCCGAAAACGCCAAACGGCGCGUCAAAGUCUACGCGGUCGAAAAGAACCCCAAUGCAAUCGUCACCCUCCGCGCCCGUAAGCAAACUGAAUGGGGCGACUUGGUCGAAGUCGUCCACUGCGACAUGCGCUACUGGACCGCCCCCGAACAAACCGAUAUCCUCAUUUCGGAGUUGUUGGGUUCCUUCGGCGACAACGAACUCUCCCCCGAAUGCCUCGACGGCGCACAACGCUUCCUCAAACCAGACGGUAUCUCCAUCCCCUCCGAUUACACCGCCUUCAUCGCCCCGAUCUCCUCCACGAAACUCUUCAACGAGGUUGCGUCCUUCAAGGAUACUGAGCAUAUGGAAACGCCCUACGUCGUCAAGUUCCGCGCCAUCAACGAGCUCGCCUCGCCUAAACCGGUGUGGACGUUCACACACCCGAACCGUAACCUCAAGCUCGACCUCGGCUCACCGGCGUUCAACGCGCACAAUAACCGAUAUUCAACGCAAAGGUUUAGGGUAUCUUCCGAUUCGUUGAUGCACGGCGUUGCGGGCUACUUUGAAGCCACCCUCUACAAAGACGUGAUGAUCAGUAUUCACCCAGCCACACACUCCCCAGGCAUGUUCAGCUGGUUCCCCAUCUUCUUCCCGAUCAAGGAACCGGUGUAUUUGAGGAAGGGAGGGGAGGUGGAGGUGUGUUUUUGGAGGUGUGGGGAUGCGAGGAAGGUGUGGUAUGAGUGGUGUGUUGUGCCUGUGGCCGAGGAGGGGGAGGUGCCUGUUGCGGCAUCAAGUGUGCAUAAUGUGGACGGGAGGAGUUCGUGGAUUGGGCUUUGACGGGUAAAGGGAGUUGGAGUUGAACAUAUGGCGUAGCGUAUGCACCGUAGGUGUAGAGUAGAUAGAAAAAUGAGCGUAGGGGGGUCAGUGCCCGUCCUUUUUUAUUUUUCACCAUAGGAGGGUGGGAAUACAUGAUACGCUUGUGUGAAGGCAAUCCAUCGCGUGCACAUGAUGCCUGAUGUGCAAAAGGCGGAACAGGCGCAACGCGAGCGCGAGCGCGAGCGGAUAGCUGCUGAAGCGGUGUUGGGGGAGGAGGAGAGGAAGGCGAGGGAGAAGCCGUUUGGGGUGCUUGAUAAUGAGAGUGUUAAGAAUGUGGCGGUGGA